AUGGCUUCAGCACAAGGCAUGGCCGCAUACGCUGCGCCCUCUCUUUUCCAGCCUCACCUUACCCGCCAGGCCAUCCGAGAUGCUCACAAGAAGAAGAUUCCCCCGUUGAUUGGAUACUAUGGCGGUCUUGGAUCCACAAAGAUUUCACGCUGGGUGGCACCUCUCAACUUUGAUGUCGUCUGGGUCGACUGGGAGCACAGCAGCAUGAACGUUGAGACAAUGACAACCAUUGUUCACGAGGCCAUUUUCAUGAGCCAGGGAAGGACAAUUCCAUUUGUCAGAGUGCCAGGACAUGACCACGCCUCGAUUGGAUAUGCGCUGGACGCCGGCGCGAGUCUUGUCAUCCCCCAAGUUGAAACUGUUGAGCAAGCAAAGCAUGUUAUUUCAUCAGCCAAGUUUGGGUCCAAGCAAAGGGGCACUCGCUCGGCACCCCCCUUCCGACUGAUGCCUGGUGUCACAGAUAUGGCAUUCCAGCCGGGCAGAGAUAUCUUUCAGGCGCUCAAUGAUCAGGCCGCCAUCAUGAUCCAGAUUGAAUCGCUAGAAGGCAUUAACAACCUGGACGCCAUCCUCACCGAGGUGCCCGAUAUCGACAUGGUGUGGCUCGGAAGUCUCGAUUGUCGUGUAGAAAUGAAUCUGGCAAGCAACUAUGGCAUGGGCGGUAACGAGCCCGAGUGGCUAGAGGCUCGCCAGAAGUUCUUUGACGUCCUUGACAAGCACGAUAAGCCCUAUGGUGGCUUUGCCUUUUCAAGCCCUCCCUUUGGCACCCCAGAAUCUUUCAAGAAGGCUGCAGAGCGCAUGUCCUUUAUCAUCGUGGCAGCCGAUGUCAAGGCGCUGGCCGGCAUGGGAGAAACGCUGCAAGAAGCGCGAGGCCUUGUGGAAGGGCUUGUGGUACCGGAGAAGAAGGUGAAUGGAGAGAAUGGACACAGCAAUGUCAAUGGUGAGAAGUUAUAG